AUGCCGCUUUUGCAACAGGAUAACCGCGGUCCCGGCGGAUCGAGAGAGAACCGUCGAUCGUUUACAAAGUUUUUGGGCCUGGAUACUUCUCAAUCUACGGAUGCGGUAGCUGCACCGAAACCGUCUAGCGGUCAUAGAAAUGAAGAGUGGCAUUGGGAUUUGCCGGAGAGCCCAGUGGCGGCUCAAACCCCUGGGUCGUUGGUGCCUUCAAAUUGCUUUCCACCUCGUCAUCCUACCGCCUACACUAGCUACAGCGAGCGAGCGAGGCCGGGAAGCUGGGCAGAAUCCGGGCAAGGGAUAACGGACCUUGUUGCGAGCCUGUCACUAACAAUGCCGUCCGCCAGUUCGGACUUCAUGCCCGGUAGCAGCGAAACUCAACAAACACAAAUAACUCGGUGGUCCCAAACCGUGGAGCAGUCCAAAAAAGAGACUCGUAAAAAUGAAAUUAUGGCGCGCCGAGCAUCUUUUUGUGGCGUAGUGAGUAGCAACAGCGGAAUUAAAGUAUGGACUGGGCAAUUGCCGGCCCGUACCAUGGACAGUGGCGUGUACUCUUCAAAAGUAUUCCUGGGCGGGCUUCCCUGGGACGUAUCGGAGUAUACACUGAUGCAGGCGUUGAAGAGUUUUCAGCCAAUUCGCGUGGAAUGGCCAGGCCGUGGGAACGGAUCUCUACCUGGCAACGGUGAUGAUGGCCCACGUGGGUUCGCCUAUGUCACAUUCGAAAACGAACAGAAUGUGCGAGCGUUGUUAUCUGCGGCCAGACGUAACGAUGAUAAGUGGUAUUACCGCAUCUCUACGCGUAAUAUGAAGUCUAAAGAGGUGGAAGUGAUUCCGUGGUCGGUGAAAGACAGUAUCUGCGUAGUGGGGGGUUCCACUCGUCUGGAUCCAUCUCGCACCGUGUUUGUGGGAGCCCUCCAUGGAAUGAUGUCGGCUGAAGCUCUGGCCCACAUCAUGAAUUAUCUCUUUAAGGGAGUGGUUUAUGCCGGUAUCGACACGGACAAAUAUAAAUACCCGAUUGGUUCCGGUCGCGUAAGCUUCGACAAUACGCACUCGUACGUCAGCGCCAUCUCUGCGGGCUUCGUCGAAAUACGCACCGACAAGUUUACUAAAAAGGUGCAAGUAGACCCUUACAUUGAGGACGCGAUGUGUUCUAUGUGCAACAUGCAACAAGGACCUUACUUUUGUCGGAGUCCUUUUUGUUUCAAAUACUUUUGCCGCAAGUGUUGGCCAAUCCGCCAUCCGAUAGCGACUCCAGAGCAUCGAGCUCUAAUGCGCAAUUUUAAGACCGACCAGGUGCAACCAGUGUCGAUACCCGGCAGCACUCUUUGCCAAAAUGGCAACAUGGCCAUGUCUAAUAGGAGACAGUCGCUGUGCGACCAGAACAUGUUUGGAGUCUUCAGUGGUGUGGAUUCGACGCCGUCUCCAAGUGGACUAAGUGCGUCCAGUGACCACGCCACGGAGAUCACCGAUUGGUAG